AUGGCUUCGCGGCCCUCGACUCCCACACCCCAGGCUGCGGCCGGGCCAAAGUCCCCGCUGACCCCAGAACAAGUGAGGCGCCUAGAGAUAAAUCGCCUGAAAGCAAAGGCGUUGCGUGAACAACGAGAGGCGGAGGCCGCAGCCACAGCGAGUCUUAAUCGAUCAGAUGCUCCUACCAGCGCAGGCCAGAAGCGCUCCUUUGCCACUUUCGCUCAGAGUUCUGUACCUCCCACAAGCCGCGAUGCCAGAAACGAGGUCGACAAUCGUCCUCUCGAGGCCAUCCAACCUGCGCGCAACUUUGCCAAGUACGUCGACUAUGAUUUCAGUAAGAUGGCAGACACAAAGGGUGGGUUUUUGACUGCAGAAGAUGAUCCGUACAACAAGGCGAUGCACGCCGAUGAAAAGGAUCAAAAGCCCUCACAUAUGACUCAAAAGGAAUGGGAAAGACAACAGCUGCUGAAGUCGCUACGGAAUCGACAGGCGGGACCUUUCGAACCAGGUAUCAGUGCAAUCCCUGACCAGACUACAAGGUCAUGUCGAGAAUGCGGAACUCUGGAGGUGGACUGGAAAUGGCUCGAUGUCUUCCAUCUUGCUGUAUGCAACGCUUGCAAGGAGAAGUUCCCAGAGAAAUACAGCCUGCUCACCAAAACGGAGGCGAAAGAGGAUUAUCUUCUUACAGAUCCAGAGUUGAAAGACGAAGCCCUUCUCCCGCAUCUCGAAAGACCUAACCCUCACAAAUCUACAUGGCACAAUAUGUUUUUGUAUCUGCGCUGUCAGGUGGAGGAAUACGCAUUUUCGGACAAGAGAUGGGGUUCUGCAGAAGCUUUGGAUGCAGAGUUUGAGAAGAGGGAGACGGAGAAGAAGAGAAGGAAAGAGAACAAGUUCAAGUCAAAGCUGGCUGACUUGAAGAAGAGGACAAGAGUCGAGGCAUAUCAGAGGAGCAAGAAAGGCGGCGGUGGAGGAAAUUUUGGGGACGACAUGAGCGGUGGCAAACACGUUCACGAAUUCGGUCGACCGAUUGACAAUCCGGAGACUGGAUUCCCUGUCAAGACAUGCAUGACAUGCGGACUGGAAGUCGAAGAACUGGAGUUGUAA